UUUACGUAUUAAUUAAAUGUGAUGAAAUUGGUAUUGAUAAGUACUGCUUUUUCUCAUUCGUGUGUGAUGCUUACUAAUGAUGUUCGCUAAUUACUGCAAAAAUAAUGUGUAAAUUAUGGCGGAAACAUACAUAAUCGUAUUAAGAAAAUUGCGCGCUCGUUUACGCGCCGGCAUCAUUUAUCACGUGGACAGGUACAUUACGCAACACAAACGUAAAAAUUACGACGUCUAAAAAAGUAUACGUAGACUCUUAAAAAUUGGAUAAGCUAUAGACAGUGGAAUACCAGGAUCCCGUUCAUAGGGAAACUGUUAUAGAAUAAUAAGCAACGAACGAUAUCAAUAAAACAUUUGUUAUCGAGCAACUAUAUAAACCGAUACAAAUGACGUUGCUGAUUCAGUUAUAAUUGGGACUCAAUCAUAACUGGGAAAGGUGUAGUGCGCGAGAUGGGAACGUUUCUACGGACCGCAAUGCGUUCUUCGAUGAUACUACUAUUGCUCGCUGCCAGCGAAUUAGCUUGCAGCGAAAAACUUACCAAUAUCGACAAGAGCAUCGAAAUGAAAAUAAAAAAUGGCGUUGUCCAAGUGAAUAUAAUUAAUCGCAUCAUGAUUCUCAAUCUUACGAAAAAUGACGGCGAGAAUAUGAUUAACGUGCUUCAUACCAAGACUCCGACGGGCACGCUGCAGGAUUCCUUCACGUUUGAUGAGAGUUGCGGCGCUAAUAAGAUCUGCGUGAGAAGCGGCCAAAUGCUGCACACCAUCAUCCAGGCCGGCGCGAACAGCGAGGUCGUCAAUGUCACUCGCAACGUCGCCGAUCCCUCCGCCGAGAUCGUCGACUGUUACCAGUUCACCGAGGGUACGCAGUGGUUCGGUGGUCCGCAGCUGCGCUAUCAGCACUGGCCUAUCCAGCACAUGUACUACGAGGAGGAACCGUACCUGCCGACGCAUCCUGUGAACAUGGCGUUAUCUGAGCGUUAUUGGCUCUCAGGAAAAGGGGUUUACCUCUACGUCAGCGAGAAGAAUCCACUGUUCAUCGAUCAGAAUAAUUACAAGGACAAGUACCUAUGCCUGAUGGCGAAGAACAAGGCUCCGUAUCGACACCGGGAUAGCGUCCAGCUCGAUUACGAGCUGGGUGUCUUCGCGAACCCGAAGACCGCUCAUCAGUACGCGGUGACGGCUCGUCUGGGCAAACCCAACGGCCAUCCCAACGAGCGGAUGGUCCGGCAUCCCAUAUGGUCCACUUGGGCGAGGUACAAGGCCAAUAUCACCGAGAAGGUGGUGGAGACCUUCGCGGACGAGAUCAUCGCCAAUAGCUUCAACAACAGCCAGCUCGAGAUCGACGACAACUGGGAGACCUGUUACGGCUCCGCCCUGUUCGAUCCCGUCAAGUUCCCCAACGUCACCGCUCUCGUGCGCCGGCUGAAGAGCAAGGGCUUCCGCGUCACCCUGUGGAUACAUCCGUUCAUCAACAAGGGCUGCGAACCCGCGUACUCCACGGCGCUGAACAGCUCGUACUUCGUGAAGAGCCUCGACGGACGCGUUCAGAUGCAGUGGUGGCAAGGUCAGAACGCUGGCGCGAUAGACUUCACGAAUCCGAAAGCGGUGAGCUAGUGGACGGCGCGGCUGAAGCUUCUGCAGAACAGUGGCAUCGGCUUCAAGUUCGAUGCGGGCGAGGUGUCGUGGUUGCCGCAGGUGGCGAGUUUGAACGGCUCGCUCGACAUGCAACCGGGAAUAUACACGUAUGACUACGUCACGGCGCUCUCCGCCAACUUCGAUGACAACAUCGAGGUGCGAGUAGGAUGGCGAAGCCAGGAAUUGCCGGUAUUCGUCCGCAUGAUCGACAAAGACACGAAGUGGACGUGGAACAACGGCCUGCCCACUCUGAUCACAACGCUGCUGCAAAUGAAUCUGAACGGGUACGUUCACGUCCUGCCGGACAUGAUCGGCGGCAACGGCUACAUGGACGGCUCGCUCAACGGCACCGAGUAUCCGUCUAAGGAGCUGUUCAUCAGGUGGCUGCAGGCGAACGUCUUCAUGCCGUCGUUGCAAUACUCCUUCGUGCCGUGGGAUUACGACAACGAAACCAUCACCAUCUGCAGAAAGUACACCGAAUUGCACGCUAAAUAUACACCACAAAUCUUAGAACAUAUGGGGCAAGCCAUCACCAACGGCACACCCGUGAACCCACCUAUCUGGUGGAUUGAUCCGACCGAUGAGGAAACUCACAAAAUCAACGAUGAGUAUCUUCUUGGGGAUUCCAUCCUGGUUGCUCCGGUGAUCGAAGAGGGUGCCGUCAUACGCGACGUCUAUCUACCUAAGGGGAUAUGGUUGGACCCGAGACGAGAAGUGAUCAGUUUCGGGCCGAAAUGGCUGAGAGGCUAUCCCGCUCCUUUAGACGUACUUCCAUACUUUAUAAGAGCUAAGGAAAACAGCGCCCAGUGAUCGAAGUUGCACUUGCAAAA